ACUCCCGUUUCCGCUGCGUUCUCUCUUUCUUUUAUGGUAGGUAAGUCGGAAGCACUGCCUGCCUGGCUUAUGUUCGUUGGAAAAGUGUGAAAUAUAACGCGAGAUGUCGUUAUCAACGGCGCGUCCUUUGGUCACUGUAUACAGUGACAAAAAUGAACCAUCAGGAGAAACCAUUUCUUUGCCAUCGGUGUUCAAAGCACCGAUACGUCCUGAUAUUGUAAAUUUUGUUCAUCAACAAGUUUCGAAAAACAGUAGACAACCCUACUGCGUUUCAAAAGAAGCUGGCCACCAAACUUCUGCCGAGUCAUGGGGAACUGGUCGUGCUGUAGCACGUAUUCCUCGUGUUCGUGGUGGAGGUACUCACCGUUCUGGUCAGGGUGCAUUCGGUAACAUGUGUAGAGGAGGACGCAUGUUUGCACCGACUAAACCCUGGAGAAGGUGGCAUCGGCGUAUCAAUGUAAACCAGAAAAGAUACGCUCUUGUAUCUGCUAUUGCUGCAUCUGGUGUUCCUGCAUUAGUUCAAUCUAAAGGACACAUGGUUCAAGAAGUCCCAGAAUUCCCUCUUGUAGUUUCUGAUAAAGUUCAGGAAUAUAAUAAGACCAAACAAGCAGUCAUCUUCUUAAGACGUAUCAAAGCAUGGAAUGAUAUUCAAAAGGUGUAUAAGUCUCAAAGAUUCCGCGCUGGUAAAGGUAAAAUGCGUAAUCGUCGUCGCAUUCAACGUCGUGGACCUUUGAUCGUUUACGGAGAAGACAAGGGUAUACGCAAGGCAUUCCGGAAUAUUCCUGGAGUGGAUCUAAUGAACAUAAACAAAAUGAAUCUUUUGAAGUUGGCACCUGGUGGCCACGUUGGCAGAUUUGUUAUUUGGACGCAAUCUGCUUUUGAUAAAUUAGAUGCACUUUACGGAACUUGGCGUAAACAAUCUAAACUUAAGGCAGAUUACAACUUGCCUUUCCCUAAGAUGGCGAAUACUGAUUUGUCGAGACUUUUGAAAUCUGAAGAAAUCAAAAAGGUUUUGAGAGCUCCAAGGAAGAAGGUUGUACGUAGAGUUAAGAAAUUGAACCCAUUGAACAACACACGUGCUAUGUUACGAUUGAAUCCAUAUGCAGCUGUAUUGAAACGUGCAGCCAUUUUAACAGCACAAAGACGUCAAUAUGAAAAAGAUUUGAUCUUAGCUGAAAAACGAGGAAUUGAACUUCCUAAAAAUGCACCAGCUCUCAAAGCUAAGAGACUAAAGGAAAGACGUACGAAACAAAUGUUGGCAUAUAAAGCAUUAAAGGGAAAGAAACCUGCUCCCAAGAAAGCAGCAUCUGCACCAGCUAAAGCUGCUAAGCCAGAGCAAACUAAAACCGAUGCUCAAGCAACAAAAGCUAAAAGUCCACAACCAGCAGCAAAAUAAAUAUAAUUAAUCAGCUUUUGUCGUUUAUUCAACAUUUUUAUUUCAUUAUAAAUAAAAUCUUGAGAA